AUGUUGGUCAGGUCGGUAAGUCUGUUUGAUGGGUUUUUGAUGUUGAGAUUUGGCUAAGAUGAUGAACACGGUGUUCUAGCCGAUGUUUAAAGUCUCUGAAAAAGUCCACGCGGCACGAAACCGUAAAUUCGACGAGCCGGAACGACGAGAAAUCACGUACGCCAGGAGAACAGCACUCAGAACACAGCAAGAGGUCUUUCAACAAGAUUCUGACAAGAAAAACGAGGACAGGUAGCAAGAACACCAUCAAUAACGUCACUCCACGGACGAGACGAGCUCCCCACCCCUUGGAAGUUGUCUAAUGCGAACCUGACCGUAAGUAAUCAUCGGAGACAUGGUUCAGUAGAUGUCGUUCUUCAACAGUUGUAAAUUGGUCCAAAUGAGAAGGUCCAGGUACUUCCUCGUGACAUUAAGUGGUGUCUUACACGAAACCCCGGUUAUAAGUCAAAAUAAGUCAAUGGAUAUAAAGAAUAUAAAGUAAUGUAAGUAUUUAUUCAAAUAUUUUAUAAAUUACAAUUUUAAAAAGAUAUGGAUAUCCAUUUGUAAUGGCUGAUGUUUCAGGGCUCCAACGGGACCGCUGGACAUGGAUGGGAGAACAUGACCCAUCGAGAUGUUGAUCUUGGAAUUACUGGAACAACGGAAACGGCUGGAAGAAGUCAAAAAAAGCCUUUACCUGGUCCAAGGAGCAUAUUAGAGAUGGAAGUGGAUGGCAAUUGGAUUAAAACACAAAUGUAAGACCAUUUCUGGCCAUGAAAGUGAAUAGUUUAUUAUUUGUUUGGGGAUUCUUGGCUCCAAAAAUAUUCCAAAAUACUAUGUGUAAUGAUAAUUUAUGACAAAUACAGUAUGAAAACGACAUUUAUAAUAAGAAGAUAGAAUUUUAGGUGGUUCCCUGGAGGACACAGUGCUGGAACUGCCAAAAUUGUCAGAACUGAUCCAUCUUCGACUUGUUCUUGA